GUUUCUCGUAAGCUACAUUUAAAAUGGCGGAAUACAUUAAUAACAUGUCAAGUAGUCGGCGUUUUGUGUAAAAAUUGAAAUUUCCAUCAAAAUAAACAAAUUUCUGUCACUAUUAGUCUUCUUGUUUAAGAUUUAAUUAAAUAAUAUAAUUUAAUAAAAUGGAGGAAAGCGAAAAAACGGAAGAAUCGUGUCGUUUGUGUGACGAAAUUGCAGAAAAGAUGUUAAGCAUCUUCGAUAAAAAUGAAGAAGGCAUUGAAAUCCUUCAACUUAUCAAAGAAUGCCUUCCCAUUGUUAUAUAUAGGACUGACCCAUUAUCAAAGCAAAUUUGUGAAAGUUGUAACGAGACUCUGAGUUCACUUAGUAGUUUUAAGAAAAAUUGUGAGGAAAUUGCCCUAAAACAAAAAGAAAAGCUUCGCGAGGAGCCUAGUGAUAAUGCUAUAGAAGCUUUUCUAGCUUGUGGAGAAGUGUCGGACAAAACUGUGCCCUUUCAGGACGAAAUUUCAGAGUUGAAAGAUGGUAGUACAUCUACAGAUGACCUCAAUAUAUUUUGUAAUAAUUGCAAGCAAACUAUUUUGGAAAGUAACCAAGUAAACGGUGAGCUGGAACUGGCCAUUGCUGAAUCUAUGGCCAAGAAUAAAAUCAAGACAGAAAAUUCUGAAAAGUCGCUUAGGAGAAGAAAAGUUGUUCCUUUUUAUCAUGAAUUAGAUGAUUCACUAUGCAGCAGCUUGACAGAAUUCACUCAAAAUACAGAAGGAUCCCAAUUAUAUGAUGAUAAUAGUGAUUUGGAUGGUUCUGAUGAAUCAUUGGAAGAACUGAGGCCAAGAAAACGAAGAAGAAUAAUAGAAUCAGAUGAUGACGAUGAAGAUAGUCUAGAUAGAAAUGAAAGAACAAAUGGAAGAGUGAAAAGACUUUGUAGAAAACCUAAUAUUGUUGAUGACGAUGAAGAAGAAGCAGCUGGGCCUGUAGAAGAUGAGGAUGAAGAAAGCACACUAAUUGAUAAAUUCAUGGAUGAAGAGGAAUAUCGGUAUCAACCUCUAUCCUUAUUUCAACUGGUAUUAAAUUCAAUAAACAAAACUAACGUUCCCGACUAUGACCCAGAGGAAUACUUCCAAGAAACAAUAUUCCCUCAAUGUGGAUAUUGUGAACAACAAUUCCGCAACCUUAAAGUUUUAUCUAUACAUGAACAGAAACAUAUUGAUGUGGAAAUAGGGGAGAAAAUUGAUAAUCCCUUACCAUGGCCUGAAGAUAGAGAUGAUUCUGAUGUUAGGAAUAAGUGGCUUAAUUAUUUUGAUGAAAACGGGUAUGAAGAUGAUGAUAUUGUUAUUGAUGAUGUAGUUGAUGCAGAAAGUUUACUGAUUCCUAUUGAUGAGAAAGAUAGAGAUCCAAAUGGUAUGAAACUCACAGGAGACGAAAAGAUCACUCUAGUAGGUACUCAACCCAUGGUGAAUGAUGUUUAUUUAGGAGAUUAUUCUAAAGAUGAUAGGAAACUACUGUAUCAAUCAAUGAGAAUUGGAGGUGUCAAUAAAAAAUUCUGUCCACUUUGUAGAUAUACUUUCAAAGAUAAUUGGGCGAUAGAAAGUCAUUACUUUUCUUUGGCUUGUUACUAUACAUGUCGUUAUUGUGGAAUGCGCUUCAAUAAACAAAGGCAUAAAUUUAAAGAGCAUUGCGAUGAACACGAAACUAAGAAAGAUGAAGUUUCAGAAAAAAUUUAUGCAGCGAGCAAACUUAGUAACAUCAUACCUAAGAUAAUCCACCCUCCGAAACCAAGAAGAAUAGUUGUAACACAACAUAAUCCACCUCCUGAAAUGGUAGCUGCCAAUAAUCAAUUUUUCAGUGGACAAAAUCUAAAUAAUUUAUCAGGAUUUUGUCAACAAGGUCCUCCACAACCUAAGAGGAGUUUCAUGGAGAGAAAGACUCUACAGCCCAAUUUGCAAAUUAAAGAAGAACCUCAGGAUUCUAAAGAAUUUCAAACAUCACAGUCAAAAACCGGCAAUCAAGCAUACUUUUGUCGAAAAUGUUAUAAAGUGUUCUUCAAAUUGGAUGAAUUCAAUAUCCAUAGCAAGAAUUGUGAUUUUAGUCAGUUUCCACAAAUGCGUGCAGCUGGCAAUAAUAAGACAUUAUCUGGCAAAAAUGGUGAUGUUUCUCCAGCAGGAAGACCAGUUAGAAAUUGCGCCAAAGAAAUAGGACCUUAUAAAGAUGACAUUUAUCUCCCUGAUCAUAUUUUAAAAGAACCUAAAUCUUCGAAUUCGCAACAAACUUUCGUUUGUUUUAUUUGCAACACCCCAUUUCCUACAAUAUACUCUCGAAACAGUCAUAUGCGUAUACAUAAAGGCGAAACACAAGUUCAGCCACCUUACAGUAAUCGCCCACGUUUUCCGAAUCCGCCAAAUAACCAAAUGGGUCAAUUGAACUACCGACAACCGCCGCCUAUGCCGCAACAGUAUCCGCCAGUGCAGCCGAUGGAUAUUUACAUCAAACAAGAACCCAUGGAUCCGGCUACUAUGGAACCCAUGGUGGAAAUUCACGAACAGGGAGGACCUAUGGAUCAAGGACAGAUAGAACAGCAAAGUUUCCCUGAUACGUUAGGAGAUGGUGCCGUCAGUAUUACUCCCAUAAGUAAAAAUCCCAAGCAGAAGGCUUUGAUAAAUGCCAAUGUUAUGAAAAUCGUACAAAAUAAUCCUCAAUUGUCGAUUAAGAAAUCAUCUGAGAAAAUGCAACAAGUUGCUGCCGGUACCAGCCAAAUACCAAUGGGUGUUAAUUUACCUGAUCCUGACAGGUCGUACAAAUGUUCUUCCUGUUGGGAAGCCUUCGCUAACAAAUCCCACUUGUAUUUCCACAAGAAAAACCAAUGCGAAGGGUCUCGAUUGCCGUGUCCCUUCUGUAAAAAACGUUUUGGCACUGAAGCGGAAUAUAGUUCACAUAUUUAUUAUAGUCAUCCUGAAUAAUGUUCAGUUUUAGCUUCAUUUUCCGGUUAUAGAAUUUAUUUUUUACAUUUUACCGAAAAUAAUAUAAUAGUCGUUAAAGGCUAUAAAUUUCAGUGUGUUUUGGUAAGGUGUAUUAAAACAUUUAUAGUGUUAUAUUACUGCCUGAAUGAAAAUUAAGAGAUUGAUUAACUUUUGAACACUGUCGUCAGAAAUUUACAGAGAGAAAAAGUAACAACUGUCUUCGACCUCAGAAAAUCACCUAAGGAUGUGUAUUGUGUUAGGUAGUAGAUAUAUUAAAAUCCACAUUCGAUAAUCACAAAAUGUACAGCUUCGUUUAUUAAAUUGUGUCUUGACCCAUGAGACCAAACAUUUUUUUUUCGUUUUUUGUCAACUUUAACUAGUUAUUUUACCAACAUGUUGAUGAAUUAAUGCAAAAAGUACAUUUUUUUAUAUAUAAUUGUUCAUUUUGAAAAAAAAACACGUGUUACCAAAUGGCAAUGUUUGGCAGAAAUAAGUACAAAAUUCCAAAAAUUUUAAUAAAAAUAAAAAACUUAGUUUUUUGUGUGAAAAUAGGAUUGGAUUCUAAACAAAGUCUUACAUUGCACUUGUUACAAAUUGUACUCAUUAUAGAUCAGCAUCCUUUACCUGCACUUCAUUUUUUUAUCUGGCACACUUAUCAGAAUGUGGUCAUAUCCUGUUAACUGAAAUGUUAGGUCUUCCGGCAGAUUUAGGGAAAGUUCCAUACCUGGUUAAUUAUACUUGUACCAAUUCGCUUUUAAAUUCCAGUAGAGUCAUUUGUAAUGGAAACGUCGAUUAGUAUAAAAAUAGUGGUGAAUAUGCACCACCACUAUUUUUUUUAAUGAAUAUGCUGUAUCGUAUUGAUUGAUAUUCUCGUACAUCAAAUAGGUAUCCCCCAUACCUUCAUUAUAUUCGCCAAUUACGUUGUUGUUUAGCCUUGUUCGUUCGUUCUAGCGUAGAUUGUUGCGCUCCUCUUUUAUAUUGUUUACUCAUGAUCUUUUUUUUAGUUUACGGACAGUCCUUUGGGAUUCUAUUAUCGAGGAUAGUACCUCCAUAAGGUAUUAUGAAUUUCAGCAGCGCUCUGUAUGUAUAUGUUUUGAGUGACAAUUAACUUAUUUUUUAAAGAUCUGUAAUAAGAACUCGGAGUGAGAGGAACAUUGAUAUUUUCUUUAACAGCCUUCUUCAGAUUAACUUGAAGAAAACCAUGUGGUGCAAUCUCAAUCAAAACGGAAUCAUAAGAUUGUGUUUGAUACCUUCCUCGAAUAAUAUGGAACUCAGCAAAUUGUUAGAAUGAUGAUAUUCAGCUGAUGAGUUUUCAGGCCCGAUUCCUAUAUGCACCAUAUUUUAAAGUAAGAGAACUGGUUUCGGGUGGUUCAAUAUAUAUUGAGUCCUCUGGUAGUUCAUCAGAAUAUGCAAUUUGGAGAGUUUCCUCUAAAGUCUGCGUGCCUAGAGUUGCCGUAUGGCUACUACAAAUCAAAAUAAACAUGUGCAGGUGUUACACAAACUGAUAUUAUCAAUAAAUUUUCUUAUAGAAACAUGUAUUUGUGUUUACUUGAAUACCACAUCAAAAAAGUAUAAAUAUUUGUUUCUGGUGAAAAAAGAAUUUGUACUUAAUCGAACCGUAUGUUCAUUUUUAUCGGUACGGCCACGAGGAGUUCCGUUGACCUGCCGUUCGAUCAGUAUGUGCAAUUUGUCAUGAGUAGAGAAGACGUUAUACACAUCCAAGUAAAUAUAUAUGCUGCCAUCUAUCCAAUACUUUCUUAAUCUUUUUAUAAAUUCGCGCUGUCAAAUUACAUUUACUGUGGCCGUUUGGCAACACCGGGCUUUGAUGGGUUAAGAAUAAAAAAUAAGUUACUAUCAUCUUAAGAAUUGAUCAUAGUCUUUGUAAUAUAGUUGCUCAUCAACCGCCAAACCAGUGUCUAUCUCCGAUAAACAAAUUUUACUUAAGUUGACAUGUAUUUGAAAUUAAAUGGUUGCAAUGUUGAGACAUCUGUGAUUUUGUUGAUUAUUUUGUGGAUUUUGUUAAUUUGUGAUAGAUUUUAAUAUAAACAUAGUAUAUAUAAGAAUUUUUGGACAGUGUCCAAAUUUUCCCAUAAUCAACGUAUUUAAUUUGCAAAACGAUAAUGUACGUAAUUAAUUAAGAUUGAAAUUUCAAAUUUUAUCAUUUUUUUUUGUGUUUGAUAUUAUUAAAAUAUUUGUAAGAUAUCACACUGAAUCUCGGGCCUGUCGAUGAAAAAAAAAAUAAUUUGUUGAUUAGAAAAAUAUUAUUUUUAGUCUGAAUUUACACUAAACUAAAAUUGCUUCCAAAAUUAUUUUAUUAUAAAACGCUUUUCUACAAUUCCUCUCUUUUUAUUUUCAAAAAUCUCAUAACUCAUUUCUUUCAAAUUUUUUUCUCCAUUGAUGGAAUAUUGUCUCCAACUUUUCCUUCUAGAAUUAUUUAGACAAAUGAGGAUAUCAAAGGAAAUCAAAUCUUGAAACCAGCGUAUGUAUCCAAUAUUGUAAGAAUGAAAAAAGAUAUAUUUACAAGAAAAAUAAUGAAAACUGGAAACAGAAUUAAAAAACUAACCGGGAGAACAUGAAAAAAAUUAUUAGGAAAAGAAAUAGAAGAAAGGAAGAAGACAUAAACCGGCAAACUUUAGCAUGGAGUCAAAACCGUUGGAAAUCACUGUCAUAUCAUAAACAAAAAUUUGUUUAUGUCUUGAGGGCUCUAUUUUUAAUGAAAUUUCAACAAUCUACAGUUGUUUCUUUUGGUUUAUUACAAGAAGAUUUUCUAUUUGAAUAACACAGUGAAACCAUGGAAUGGAUAGAAGAACUUCUACACUUGUCCAGUAAUCUUUCCACAUAAUACGAAAUAUAUACAAUACCAUUGUCUGUGAAAAAGCUAUUAUAAUGUUUCAACAUCUUGGGAAUACUAAAUGAAACUAUGACCAAAAGUUUUAUUCACUAGAUGAAGAAUUGACAAUGAUUUUAAACGUAAAUUGUAUCAUCCAUGUUUUGAUUUGAUCAAUAACCUGUUUUUUGAGGUUUGUGGUCAUUUCGUCUCUGAAUCUGAAAGAUUUAUUUGACUUUAAGUUAAGGAUCCUUAACCGGUCAACACUUUUUAAAUUUGAUGAGAAUAGAAACAGUUUUUGUCAGAAGUAACCCUUAAACCCUAUUCCAUUCUACUAACUUAUAUGUUUUAUUUAUAAUAUACUGUGAUACAAAUUCCACAAAAUAUUCAUUUAAGUUUAAAAAAAGCUAUAAUGCUUGAUAUAACUUGACUUCCUCUAAUUAACCUUACCUUACAAAUUUGCAUUACUGCCUUGGCUUCCUAGGCAAUUUGUUUCCAAACUGGUCUGUUCCUCAUUCUUGCUCAGUCCUAUGAUAACAGGGUCUGUCUCUUUUUCCACUGCUGUAUAUUUUGGCAUCCAUGAUUCUUUUGGGCAACUGCUUGUCUUGUAUUCUUUGGAUGUGGAGAAACCUCUAGGUUUUAAUGAAUCGAACGAUGUUUUCAUUACCUAAUAUUUCAUCGAUUUCUUUAUUUUUCAGAUUCUCUAGUUUUCGUAAGACCGUCUUCAGUAUUCAAUUUUCUAUUCUCUUCUAUUGUCUAUAUUAUAACCAUUAUAUUCUUGAAUCCAUAAUAAUGUAUGAUAAAUUGUAAUUUUGAACUAAAGAUCAAAUUUAAAAACUAACACAUCGAUCAAAAAGUCCCGGUUUAGUAAACAAAACACAAGUUGUUCAACCAAAUUUCGUCCUACGCUUUUCCAACUUAUAUCUACGCCGUUAUCAUUGAAUAUUUUUCUUUAGUUUCAAAUAUGCUUCUAUUUUAGUGAUGACUGACUUCCCCCUUUCUAUAUUUGAAACAUUUUUGACAACACUCACUAGUUUAUGGGGGCCAAAUAUGGAUACUAUUGUAUGAACAAAUUCAUUAAAUUUGACAUAUUGUUUAUAUAGACUUGAGACAGUGGUCCGUUUGUUUGUGAUUUCCUCCUUAAUUAACUAAAUAAUUACUUAAAAUUGUUGGAGAGAAUAAGCUCAAAAUUAGACCGGUGUCCUUUAACAGAUGGUACUUCUAUGGGAAAAUAUAAAAAAGUGAUUUGUGAUGACCUCUCUCCUCAAUAUCAGGGACUUAUUGAUCAAUGUUAUAUUUACAUAUAAUUUUAAUCCCAACUCUAACAUCCUUUUAAUUGUCAUCCAUAUGGUAUAAUUUUAUUAUAUUUAAUACAAUUGAUAAUUUCGCGAUUUUUUUUGUUUUCGUUUUUGUAUAACCGAAGUAAUUUUUCUCGUGUACUUUUAUCAAAACCUUUUUUUAUUAGUUUUCACCUUUAGCUUACGUAUCUAAGUUUUUUGUAUAUACAAUAGAUAAACGUAAAUAAACCAUAUAUUUAAUAAAAA